GCGGGUAAAUACUUGGAGUACGGACCGGCUAUUUCUAAUGUUUAUUGCCUGAAAUUUUAAUAUAUAUACUUCUAAUUUUUGUAGAAUUUUCUAAUUUAUUAAUAUAUUAAAGAAUACACAUAUAUGUCUGAACACUGAACAACUAACCAAAAUGCCAGAGACAAGCACAGAUAAGACCAUUCCAGUUCAAGUAGCUGUAAGAAUACGACCACUUCUUCCUAAAGAGAUAGGAGAAGGAUGUCAGGAAUGUAUUGACAUCACACCAGGAGAACCACAAGUGGUCAUGGGCAAUAAUAAAGCCUUUACUUAUGAUUACGUAUAUGGGACAAUGGCCUCACAGAGUUACCUGUACAAACAGACAGUGGUGCCUCUACUUGAUAGAUUUUUCAAGGGAUACAAUGCUACUCUUUUAGCAUAUGGACAAACAGGUUCUGGAAAGACUUAUUCGAUGGGUACUGGGUUUACGAUGUGUACUAACAAGGAUGAUAUGGAGGUCCAAGGUGUGAUCCCUAGGACAAUCCUUGAUUUAUUUACACACAUGGAAAACAAGAAGGAUGAGACUGAAUUUCUUUUGAAAGUUUCAUUUCUUGAGAUUCAUAAUGAAGAAAUACAUGACUUGCUGAACCCUUCCUCGUCAAGCGACAAAAUAGCAAUAAGAGAAAACGUUGAUGGUGGAAUCAAGAUUGCAGGUCUAAUGGAGCUGCCAGUUUCAUCAGGCGAAGAGAUGGUGAAGGCACUGUGUAAUGGAUCAGCAGCAAGAGCAACUGGUGCCACAGCAAUGAACAGCACCUCAAGCCGAUCACAUGCAAUAUUCUCAAUUAUCAUGGAACAGAAGGAUAAGACAGGAGAAGGGGACAUAAAAAGAGCCAAGUUUCAUCUUGUAGACUUGGCUGGUUCAGAGCGCUGCAAGAGAACCAAUGCUCAGGGAGAACGAUUCAAAGAAGGAGUGAACAUCAACAAAGGUCUUUUGGCCCUGGGGAAUGUUAUUAGUGCUUUGAGCGAUGAACAGAGGAAAUCCAAUGCCCAUGUACCUUACAGGGACUCCAAGCUUACUAGACUUCUACAAGAUUCCUUGGGAGGUAACAGCAACACAGUUAUGAUCGCCUGCGUCAGUCCUGCUGACAGCAACUACGAAGAAACACUCAACACGCUUCGUUACGCCGACAGAGCGCGACAAAUCAAGAACAAACCAAUCGUGAACCGAGAUCCAGUGUCUGCUGAAAUGGCUAGACUAAAACAACAGGUUCAAAUGCUUCAACUUCAACUAAUACAAGGACAAACUAUCAAUGGAACAUUACCAGAUGCAAUCGAAAAUGGCAUGGGAUUGAACUUGCAUGAGCUGACAGAACGCGUUAACCAACUAGAGGAAGAGAAUAAUAAGUUGAGUGAGGAGCUUCACAACUCUGUCGACCAAAAUACAAAGAUGUUCGAGAAGGUUUUAAUG